AUGCUGAAGCGAUCCAAGACGUUCACCAAGAUCAUGGACAAUUUCAAAUCCAAGCCCAAAAUGAAGAGACAAUUAUCUUUUUGGCGCAAACCGGCUCCAAGGGCUAAACACUCUCACGAGAUCAUAUCUGAGGAUAACAGCUUCGUUUUGAAUAAUACCCCAUCCAGUGUUCUAUUUUCAGACGGAACAAACGCGACAGAACAGACUACAAUUGACCAAUUGACUGCGGUCAGCUCGUUCAGCAAAGAAAGCGCUUUCAAAGACCAUUCGGAGAAGUUCUAUCUGGUUCCAGGAAAAGAAAGACAGUUAUCAUCAGAGGCACCAACAGAAUCCUCUUCUGUGUACUCAGAUCACACCGACUUUGAUUGGGUGUUUGAUCUGCUCAGCUUGUACAUGGAUCAGGACACGUAUGGGACUUCGUUCAUGGACCCUGAUUACGACUACUACUCAAACUUUUUGUAA